GUUUUGUUUUUUUAUUUUUAUUUUCAAAAUUUAAUUUUGAUUUAUCUGUCGGAAAAUCGGGAGAUUAUCACGAGAUGGGGAAAGGAGGCGGAUGCGUUCCCAGCAAGAAGAAGAAGCCGUCCUCUCUCGCCGCCACCACCUCCGCCGAUAGAAUCGACGACGGCGCAGCCAAUGCUCCGAUCCCAAUCGAGGACGAUCAAACGACAACGGCGACGGCGACGGGAACAACAACACCGGCGAUCACCGUCCCUCCGCCGCUGAAGAUCUUCAUCGUGUUCUACUCGAUGUACGGACACGUGGAGAGCUUAGCCAAGAGGAUGAAGAAGGGAGCAGACGAGGUCGAAGGAGUGGAGGCGAAGCUGUACAGAGUGCCGGAGACGCUUUCCUCGGAGAUUCUUGAGCAGAUGAAGGCGCCGGAGAAGGAUUUGGAGAUGAUCCCGGAGAUAACGGCGGAUGAGUUGGCGGAGGCUGAUGGGUUUUUGUUUGGGUUUCCGACGAGGUAUGGGUGUAUGGCGGCGCAGAUGAAAGCUUUCUUUGACUCUACGGGAGGGUUGUGGAAGGAGCAGAGAUUGGCGGGGAAGCCUGCUGGGUUUUUCGUGAGUACGGGGACUCAAGGAGGUGGACAAGAGACUACUGCAUGGACAGCAAUCACACAGCUUGUACACCACGGGAUGCUAUUUGUUCCCAUAGGCUACACAUUUGGAGCAGGAAUGUUCAAGAUGGACUCGAUCCGUGGAGGCUCACCUUAUGGAGCCGGUGUGUUCGCUGGUGAUGGGUCAAGAGAAGCUACAGAGACAGAACUAGCUCUUGCUGAACAUCAAGGAAACUACAUGGCUACAAUAGUCAAGAGACUUGCACAACCUUGAGCCCUUGAUGACUUCUUUGUUUUUCUCUUGUUUUAUUCAAUUCCAUCCAUUUUUUUUUCCGAGUGUUUUGAAUUUAGCCAUUAUCGGAAGAACAACAUUGAACCUAUCAUAAGGUUCUUACGUUAAUGGUUGUGUGUACAUGCUCUUCUUUUUCUUCUUAUUGUCUCUUUGGUUAUUUUCUAAAAAUGUGAAUCGUAUAAAAUAAAAGAUUAUUGUGUGUUCUUUUUAUUUUCUAAUUUCAGUUUCAUAUGUU